ACUACUUAAAUUUGUAUUAUAAUAAUUCAAAUUGAUAGUAAGGUAUGGUCAGCGAGCUGUGUAUAUAAACAUUUGUAUGCAAGAGAACAAAACUCGAUCAGUGCCCUCCUCAGAGUGCUAAUUAAUCAUGUCUUCCUUCACUAGAACCCAGUGCUUCUCAUUGGCUACCCUCCUCCUUCUAUUGACAACAAAUCUUCACAUUGCAGAUGCUCAAAUAGGUGUUUGUUAUGGCAUGAUGGGCAACAACCUCCCAUCGGCAAACGAAGUUGUUGCUCUUUACAAAUCAAAUAACAUCCGGAGAAUGCGCCUCUAUGAUCCAAACCAAGCAGCCCUCCAAGCCCUUCGAGACUCCGGUAUCGAGCUCAUCCUCGGUGUUCCCAACUCCGACCUCCAAAGCCUCGCCACCAACGCCGACAACGCACGCAACUGGGUGCAGAGAAACGUCCUCAACUUCUGGCCAAGCGUUAGGAUCAAGUACAUCGCGGUCGGCAAUGAAGUGAGCCCUGUCGGAGGCGCCCCAACCCAAUGGAUGGCACAAUAUGUUCUCCCUGCCACCCAAAACAUAUACCAAGCCAUAAGAGCACAGGGUCUCCAUGACCAAAUCAAGGUCACAACCGCAAUUGACACGACCCUCAUUGGAAACUCUUACCCUCCAUCACAAGGAUCCUUCAGGAGUGAUGUGAGGUCCUACCUUGACCCUUUCAUAGGCUACUUGGUCUAUGCAGGAGCACCUCUACUUGUCAAUGUGUACCCUUACUUCAGCCAUAUUGGUAACCCACGUGACGUUUCACUUUCCUACGCGCUCUUCACAUCCCCAAACAUCGUCGCACAGGAUGGCCAAUACGGGUACCAGAACCUGUUUGAUGCAAUGCUUGACGCAGUUCAUGCAGCAAUUGAUAACACCAAGAUUGGUUAUGUGGAGGUUGUUGUGUCUGAGAGCGGGUGGCCUUCCGAUGGAGGCUCCGCCACGUCAUAUGACAACGCGAGAAUCUACCUUGAUAAUUUGAUUCGUCACGUUGGUAGAGGUACUCCGAGGAGGCCAAACAAGCCUACAGAGACUUACAUUUUUGCCAUGUUUGAUGAGAAUCAGAAGAGCCCUGAAUAUGAGAAGCAUUUUGGGUUGUUCUCUGCUAACAAACAAAAGAAGUAUCCAUUUGGAUUUGGUGGAGAAAGGAGAUGGGGAGUUUUGGGUGAUGAGUUCAAUGCAACCUCCACCGUUUCCCUUAAGAGUGACAUGUAAGGUUGUCAUUAUGAUGAUGGGAUUCAAGUCCUCAAAGUCUUCCUGGUUUUUUCCUUAAAAUAAGACACGGUCAUGUUUGUUUGGUUUUGUAUCCUUAGUUCUCUGGAUGAGAAUGGUGUUGUAAUAUAUUGCUAAAUUCCACUUGAGUGACGUUUGAAAAAAUAUGUAUAAUUGUGCAUUUUGGAA